AUGGCCUUCCACUGCGUUCAAAAUCACAUUCUUGGAUGUUUACAAUCACUAAGAAAUGUGAGUAGUGGUGAUGCGAUGUGGUUCUUACGCGAAAUGGAGACUUUUAAUUUUAGAUGUUUGUGGUUAAUUUCGCCACCAUCCAGAGCUUUCAUAAGUUCCUGCAAGUUGUCGCCCUAUGCAUCUGAGCGUUUCCAAAUGGCAACAGCUCUUGCAAAUUCGUUUUUGAAAUACAACGUACGAGGAAGAUUUGGCUAUCAGACUUUAUUGUAUGGCAGCACUGCAGAACUUCGCGAGGUAUUCAUCGCAGUGUAUGAGAAGAUUCCCAAAGAGAUAUCUUCGCAUCUCAGACAAUUUCUCUUGCCUCUGGCUGAAAAAUUUCUGGAGUCCAUAUCGGUAUGGAUACUGAAGUUCGGUUACACGAUGACAUGGAAAAAUAGGCUUUAUCGAAGGCAAUUUCAUGAUGGACUCGACGUUUUCCUUAUUGCGCUUUCGUGCGGAAAUCUGGUUCUCCAUCAUGCUGGUAUUGGUAGCUCAGGAAGUGGUUAUCUUCCCUUUCGCUCCGAGCAAGUGUCUUCUGACCACGUCACCUCUUCGUCACCCGCAAUGAAACAGAGAAUUCCUCAUACGAACGACGAGCGGGAGCACGGUAGCAAAGUGGCUGAAGAGCCGUUGACGACAGCUGCCGCUCAAGUCAGUAGCGAUCGUACUCAGCUGCUCGAUGUUCUUGAUGUGACAAGGAAAACUCAGAAAAAUCUAGAAAAGGUGGAAGGAAAUAUUAGAAAUUGUCGCUCAAGAACAGAUUCCAUCUGGAGAAGUUUGGCUGUGAAGGACCGUGAAGCACAUUUUUUGAUGGAUUCAUCAACUUCAAAAGCAGAGUUACUG